UAUCUUUUAUUAGUCUGUGGAUACUAUGGGUUGUUGUGUAUAUUUAUUUUAUUUCUCUAUAUUAAUUAUUUGUGUUCAACAGAAUUGAUAAUUUAUAUUUAUACGCCGUAAAUACAGGAUUAUUUACACUUUAUUUGUAUCGAAGAAGUAAGUCGUUCGUGUUGUAUCUGUAGCAAUCAUGGGAGGAUGUAAAUGUACAUACCGUAACUGUACUAUUAAAUCAGAUGGGCAAACUCACAUGUUCCAUUACCCGGUGUUCGAUAAAGUCCGCUGUCAUCAAUGGUUGACCAACGCUCAACGGCUGGAUUUUCUUGAAUUAAAAGUGUCACAGCUCAAGAACAGGGUUAUCUGUCAACAUCAUUUUUUACCAGACAACUUUAUGAAUUAUAAGAUGGACAAACUACGACAUAAUGCUGUACCUACAGAAAAUGGGCCAUUUUGUGGAGAGACCGACCUAGUGUCAGACAACUAUUUAAACCAGGAAAUAGAUAAUAUAAUGUAUCCCAUAACGGUUGAAGACAUUGUAGAAGAAAUUGAUCAAACAUUAGCAGAGAAAAAGGUCAGUUUAUCAUUUAAGUAUGGAGAUUUCCUUGUGAAUUCCGAACCAGUCCCGAAGCAGUUAAUCUCUGUUUCAAAAAACAACACAUCACAUUCUAACAGUAUGAAAAAGAUCAAAAAAGAUAGAAGUAUUGACAUUAGUGAUUCUGUUCUUCAAUUACUGUCUAUUGAUCAUGUAAAUAAAAUCUCAUUACCUUCUGAAUCUAAAGAAGACCAGGCUCUGCCUCACCCAAUGCUUGUUAUAUCACCAUACUGUGAUUACCCCAGCAAGAUUGCAUAUGAAAAUUCAGUUAAAGAGGAACCAACUCAUGACAGAGGUAUCCAACUAGUUACUGAUAGCAACACUCCUCUUGGUAAUAGUCAGCGAAAUAACAAAAUCAAGAUUAUUUCUGAGAAGAAAAUAGAACAACCUUUCACAAUUAAGGGCAAAAUGAAACCUGUGCCUGCAACUUUGGUGAUAUGUGGCAGCAACACUAAGGAAAAUAAUGUACAACAUGAAAGUGCUACCAUGCAGAAUAUAGAACACAUGGAAGUUAUAAUUAGCAAUCCACCUGAAAAUUCAUAUAACAUUAUCAACUCGCAAAUUUCAAAUGAACCUGCGAUAUUGGAUCCACAAAAUAUGCACUUAAAGAAUCAGAUAUUGGUAGAUGACCUAAAACAGACAGAAUCGAAUCAUAUAGUUGGGUCAAUUAAUAUAAUUGAGCCCCAAGACCAUCCUAGAUAUUUAUCCUCAAAACCUAAAACACACCACACACCACAAAUUCAAAGAAUGGGAGACAAUAACACACAAAUUGCAAUGAACGCAGCACCAAAAAGAAAUAAUCAAGAGGAGAAACCGAGUAAGUCGCCACAUAAAGUUUCUAUUCUAAAACCAAAUAUACCACCAGAAAGAGUUGCAAAAAUUCAAGAAAAAAGAAAAUUUAAUAAAAAAAUAAGAGACAUGAUAGAGUUUUGUUUGGAUGAACUUGAUGAGCCAGGGAAACCUAACAACGAAAGCAAUAAAUUGCAAAAUACUGGAGUGACACGAAGCCAACAAAAAUCUAAGGAAGCAUCACAUUCAGAUAAAAUAAGGCAAAGUAUCAAACCACAAAAUAAAACUAAACAGUUGAAGCAAAUACAUGUGCAUGCUGUUAAAGAUAAGUUGCAGAAAGAUGUAAAAAAAGAAAAUGAAUCGUUAAGUGUUACAACAUUCUUGUCAAAGGAACCGUCAUUGCCUAGUGCAAGCGAUUAUAAUGUUGCUUUCUUAGAAGCUCGAUUAAAACAGAUGGAAGAAAAUUUGUUGAGGAAAAUAGAUCAAAAUGCCAAAAGAAUUUAUGAUUUAAAGCACACAGUUGCAGAUUCUCCUAAUCAAAUUAAAGAAUGGAAAUCUGUAGUAACACAGACUAAUGAUGAUGAAGAAUCACAUAAGAAACAUCUGUUCCAGGAAAUAUCUCGGUAUUUAAGCCCAGAAUCUAAAAGUAUAAUUUAUGAAGAACUUUUCCUGAGCAUUUAUGCAAAGGAAAAAAGUAAACAACCUAGCAUAAAAAGUCAGACGGCUAAGAAACGGAAACGAAGAUGAUAAAAACAAUAAUUAAGUCAGUGCAUCUUAGAUUUAUUUCAUUAAGCAUGUUAUAGAAUAAGUGAAGGUUUUCUAAAUAAAGUGUAUUUAGUUCACUUUCACAA